AGUACGUCGGAUCAAUCUUCACAUCAUUUUCAGGUAAAAUGGUUUCAUUGAGAGAGCUUACAGAGCAACGAGGUAACCAGGGCAGAGAGGGAGAAGAGGAAGGGGUUUUGUCAGUGGAGCCUAUCACGAUGAUAGUGCCGCCGGAGUUGCAGGAUGUGCCGGAAAUAAUGGCGUCUGAGAGUAGCACCAGUUCCAGCGCCAGCGACAACGGUGGCGACCACCCUAGUGUACCGUCGAGCAGCUCGUCCUCCGAGGGGACACCAGGUCGCGAGGAGGGGACAGGGGAUGUAGUUGAGCAAUCUGCGGAAGGCGCCCAAGGACCUGCCGCUGGAUUUAGGUUUCGGGCCGCCCUACAUCAUGAAGUAGCAAAUUGUGCGCCCUCAAUAAGUGGAUAUAGGAGAUUGGAGGAGAUGGUGAGGGCGCACCACAUCCCAAGAACAAUCUUGCUCCGGACUGGAGCCAAGAGCGAAAGGGCGUGCACGGUAUCACAGACGGGUUGGAUACCCGUGUACGUGGAUCACUUUGAGGCCGGCCUGCGAUUCCCCCUGCCCGGCUUGGUAUUCGACUUGCUGGCGGACUACGAGCUCGCUCUGACGCAGCUAACGCCCAACAGCAUAAGGUUUAUAAUAGGCUUUAUGCUGUUGUGUGCGAGGUUGGAGGUACCGGCCAAGGUGAUCGUUUUCAGGUCGCUGUUUCAAUGCCGGCUGUGUCCCAACUCCCGAGGCGCGAAAUGGUACUACCUCUCCGGGAGAGACAAGAGCCAGCUGUUUAAGAACGUGAGGAACAAAGUGGCGAGGUGGAAGAGGCAGUUCAUUUUUGUUUGCGACACGCAAACAGAGAGGAUAAACAACGACCUCGCUGCCCGGCUGUCAGAAUGGCGCACGCCAAACGCUCAUAUCAACUACCCUCAGCUGUUGCCCCGGGAUGUAGAUCUGAAGAACCAGCUGCUUGAGUAUGCGAAGAGGGAGGGUCUGAUAGAUUUGGAAGCCCUGGUUACCUCGGAGCAUCUCGCCGUGUUCGGGUUUGUCGAUGUGACAAACUUGUUCAGCGAAGCAUACUGGAACGUCAGUGUCAACGUGCCCAGAGCUCCCGAGGCCGUGGGGCGAGCAGCGCGUAACCCCGACAAACACGGUUUGACGAGCGGCCACCCCAAGCGCCUCCAUCACGCGGCUCGUCACACCGGGGAUCUAGCUCGGCUUCAAGGCCACGAGCAGAGCACCGAGCUGAGGCUGCAGCUCCGAGCGAACGCCGGCGUGCACGCGAGGAAACGGAGAGCGAAGAUGAGGUCCCCCUCACACGACGCAGAACGAGCGGGGGGACUCAGCCCGCAGAGGCGACUCGUCCUGUGGUCGCGCGCUCACCCACCUCGCGAGCAGCAGCAGAGCCUGCUUCUUCAACAGCCUCCAUGUCAGGCCCCAGGAUUGCUUAUCCUGAGGGCUUCAGCUAUAUAAGGGCGGAGUGCCAGCCCGCCAUGGUGCAAGGCAUGCACAGCUUUGUGCCCCCCAUGGAUAGCAAGU